UCCAUACACCGCUCUGCUACAUUCGACCAUGCACAUAACGACCUUCGUACAAUAGCCCGUAACGCACGUUACUGUACUACUCGAGGUAUACUGACGGCCUCGCUAACAUCGGUUAGAUCUUGUGACCAUGGACGCCGCACCUUACUCGACUAUGCCAGAAUCCGCGACGGUAGCCACCUCUCAACCUCUGCCGCUGUCCUGCCACCAGCGUCUGUUCUCGGAAGAUCAAGUCGUUGGUACGGUCAACCCCGUCAGCACCUCAAUGGCUGAUACAUCGAUGGAAGAUGUUCCGCUCGUGCCAUGCCGCCGCAAAGCUUACCUGUUCGCUCGUUGCGGCCACGCCUACAUCGCUCCACCCUGCCUUUGCUGUUCUCCAACAGAACAGCAAGAAGCUCUGGCGUCUUCUCCAUCGCAGGACCUGUCACUCGACUUCUUGCUUACUGCCUUCCAAACCCUCAAGCUUAAGCAGGAGUGCCCUGCAUGCCAAAUAUUCACGUUAGACCUCAAGCUCGAAUUCGCGAAGCAGUAUUAUGAGGACAACCUCGCUUUGUGGGGUGAUCAAGACGUAGAUACUGAGCGUGAUCUAAUAGCUUACGGCAAGGAAAGCAAGUCGUACGCGAGGCUGACCCGAGCGAUCGUGCGUGACUCGGAGAACGUGCAGUACUGCCAGCAGGUUUACGUGCGGGACAUACAGUCUUCCCGAACUGGUCGCUAACAUGAGAGCUUCUGCAAGAUGCUUUGGGUGCGGGCGCGUUGAUGAUAUUGACGGGCGCUGAACAUGUCUGACAAGUCCUACAAAGGCGAUCACUGACUAUACUGUUGUUACGGAAUGCCAUGAAUGGAGGUGGCCUGACAAUGAUUGGUAAAUGCUGA